AAUAAUAAUAAAAAUAAUAAUAAUAAUAAUAAUAACUAUUGUGUUUAGAUUUUUUAACAAAAAAUAGAAAUUUUUUAUUUUUUAUAUACUAUAAAUUGUUAAUUUUUUAAUAUAAUUAUUUUAAAAUAAUUUUGAUUGUUGUACUUUUUAGAUUAUUAGUAUCCCAAUAAAUUAAAUAAUAAUAAUAUUUAUAAAACAAAAUAAAAUAAAAUCUAUAUUUUUUUUAAAAACAUUUUUUAAUAUUUUUAAAAUAUAUAUUAAAAAAAAUGAUACAAAAAUUAAUAAUUCUAUUAUUAAUUUUUAUAUCUAUAGUUUAUUGCCAACCCAAAAACACUAGAAUAUUUCCGGUAACGAUAAGAGAUAUUUCACCACUAACCAAUCCAGAUUAUGAAAUAAAAAACAACAAUACAGUUGUUAAAGGAAUUGUAAAACCAAAAUUAAAUCCCAUUGACCGAUCACCUGUUUAUUGUUGUGGUGAUAACCAUGCACCAAGUAACACUGCAACCAAUUUCGUAGUUCAUAACCAAUCAACAUUCCAUAGCUGGUUCCACGAUGUACCAGGUGUAAAUACCCCAGUCUAUAUUAACUUGGUAUUCACCCAAAACGAAACCGACCCAAGAGUAUAUUACUAUGAAGAUAAAUAUUUUUUCCCAAUUGAUGGUAAAGGUUUCCAAGAUCCAUCAUAUAGAGGAAGAAAACCAAACGAACCAAUUUAUAAAGACAACAAUGGCUUUGGUCACAACUACCACUUCUCUUUAGAAAUGCAUGCUUCUUUUACAUAUAUUGGUGGUGAAGUAUUUAAUUUCAAAGGUGAUGAUGACGUUUGGGUCUUCAUUGAUAAUAAAUUGGUUAUUGAUUUAGGUGCACCACAUACUGCAGAAUCUGGUACAGUAAAUUUAGAUGACUUGGGUUUAAAAAUUGGAAACCGUUAUAAUUUUGAUUUCUUUUAUUGUGAAAGACACACCUAUGACUCCUAUAUUCAAAUUACUACAAGUUUAGCAUUAGAGUGCAAAUAUACUGAUUAUUGCGGCGUUUGUGAAGGUACAGGAAAGUGCUGUAACCCAGAUAGUUGCUAUGGUAAUCUUUCACCAUGUGGUACCUGGGAGUGUCCACCACCAAAAGGCUUAGCACCAGGAAAAGACUGGAGAUAUAAUUGCAUAAUGAAUGAACCAAAUUGUACUCUUCAAGAUACCAUGUGCAGUAGCUAUGCAUGCAGUCCAGAUACAAAGAAAUGUGAGGUUAUUCAAAAUAAGGAUCCAUGUCCCUUCACAAACUUCUGUGAUAAACAAGCUUGUUCAGAAGAAAUGGGUGGAUGUUAUGAAGUUGAAACCAAGUGCUUUUCUGCAGAUCACUCUGAUCCAACAUGUUGGGCUACACCAUGUACCAACAAUACCUGUCAAGUUAUAAACUUAUGUAAUGAUAUGAAUCCAUGCACCAUAGAUACAUGUAUACCAGGCUUUGGUUGUUCACAUAUUAAAAAUACAUGUGAUGACCACGACCAUUGCACAAUAGAUACAUGUGGAGUUGAUGGCUGUGUUAAUGAAAAGAUACCAAACUGCCAACCUUGCGCAGAACCAAACCCAUGUAUCCCAGAUCCAACCAAUCUUUGCGUAAGAAGAGAAUGUAAUCCAUAUAAUAGUUCUUUGUGUAAUGAUGUUGCGCUAACGGACUGUGAUGAUGGAAAUCUAUGUACCACAGAUAGCUGCGAUCCAAAGACUGGUAAAUGCUCUAAUGUACCUGUUGAAUGUGAAGCAAAAGAUGCAUGUAAUAAACCCCAAUGUAACAUGGCAACUGGUCAAUGUAUAAUAACUGAUGUUUGUAACGAUGGUUCGAUUUGUACCGAAGAUAGCUGUUCACCAGAUGGUAAAUGUAUAAAUACAAAGAUUACAUGUGACGAUAAAAACAAAUGUACCAAUGAUUAUUGUAAGAUAGGAGAGGGAUGCAUGCACAGUAAUAUAACUUGUUUACCAUCAUCAGUUUGCGUUGUAGCUUCAUGUGACCCCAAGUUAGGAUGUGUUGAAGCACCAGUGAUUUGUUCGUCACCAUCUUUCUGUAUGGUCGGUCAAUGUGACAUUAAUUAUGGCGGCUGUAACAUCUAUCCAAGAGUAUGUGUUCCAAGUAAUCCACAUUGCCAAUAUGGUAUUUGUGAUAAUGCUACCCAAUCGUGUAAAUUCAAAGACUUUGACCCACUUCCUUUUAGAUGCCAAUCUGCUGGUGUUAAAGCUGCGGUUGGUAUAGGUGCUGCUGCUACAGCUGGUAUUGUUAUUGGUGGUGCUGCUGCAUUAGGUUUAGCUAUAUUUGGAGCUAAAAAAGGUUAUGACUCUUGGAAAGGUAUGAAAAACAAUCAAAUGGCUGUAUCAAGUGAAAAUCCAUUAUAUGAACCAUCUCCACACCAAGGUACUAAUCCACUUUAUACCAAUCCAUCAUAAAACUUUCUUUAAAUUUUAUAUAAUAUAUAUUAUGUUUUUUUUUAUUUAGUCGAUUAAAUUUUUAAAAAAAAAAUAAAAUAAAAUAAAAAUUUUACAAUUUUAUU